CGCAGCAUCAUGGCACAGUCCGUGUCGGCUUUUCAGGCUGCUUACAUCUCCAUCGAAGUGCUGAUCGCCUUGGUGUCGGUGCCGGGGAAUAUCCUGGUCAUCUGGGCUGUGAAGAUGAACCAGGCGCUGCGGGAUGCCACUUUCUGCUUCAUCGUCUCGCUGGCGGUGGCCGAUGUGGCUGUGGGUGCUCUGGUCAUCCCUUUAGCCAUCAUCAUCAAUAUCGGACCGCAAACGGAGUUCUACAGCUGCCUCAUGAUGGCGUGUCCCGUCCUCAUCCUCACCGAGAGCUCCAUCCUGGCACUCCUGGCCAUCGCCGUGGAUCGGUACCUGCGGGUGAAGAUCCCGGUCAGGUAG